GCAAGAGAGAAACCAUAAACUGUCACUAGUUUCAGUAUAUGAUUUACUUUUGAAAAGAGUUGUUGUCUAAAAUUGAAAACUGGUGCAAGCAGCAAAGUAUUCGAGAUAAGUUUGAGUGCUCGCGUUAUUGUGGGAUCUCAAUGGAUAACAGUCGGUUUUAUGGUGGCCACAAUAGCAAUGGUCAUGGGAGCGAUGAUCGAGAUCCGGGCCCAAUACCCGACCGAUGGCUGCAUUGUCCACGCACAGCCAAAUCAUUUAUUGCCCACAAAUUUUUCGCAUUCAAAACCCCGUUGAGCCUUCGUUUUGCAUCAAAAAUGGAGCCACAACACUUCUUCACACCAGACAUGGUCUUCAGCUACAUGAAAUCGGAAAAGAAGAAGCUCGGACUUUGGAUUGAUUUGACAAACACAACACGUUUUUAUGAUCGACGCGAUAUUGAAAGCCGCGAUUGUCAAUAUUUCAAAUUGAAAUGUCGUGGUCACGGCGAAACGCCGUCGGUUGAACAAACACAGUCAUUCAUCGAGAUUGUCGAUACGUUCAUGGAUCAGCAUCCAUUGGAAUACAUCGGUGUACACUGUACGCAUGGCUUCAAUCGAACGGGUUUCUUAAUUGUUGCAUACAUGGUCGAACGAAUGGACUGCUCCGUUGACGCAGCCCUUCGGGAAUUUGCGUUCGACCGGCCACCAGGCAUUUACAAACAAGACUACAUAAAUGAAUUGUUCAGACGCUACGAAGACGAAGAGGACGCAAUCGCGGCUCCAGAGCGGCCCGAUUGGUGCUUAGAAUACGAUGACGGUGAUGGUGAUGGCGACGGCGAUGGCGAACAAAGCCACGAUAAUAGUUAUAGUUAUACUGAGCAACAAAGUACGACACCAAGCAAACGAAGACUUGAAAAUGGAUCAACCUCAAGUGAACCAGAUAGCGCGGCCAACGAUGAAACUGAUGAACCAAAAGAUGGCGAAAGUAGUACCAGCGCCGAAGGUGUGCCAAAAAAGAAGCGACGGAAGGAAUUCCUCAAUUUGAAUGCAACAUUCAUGGCUGGCGUACAAGGUGUGAAACUUGUUAUUGAUCAGCCGCGAUUAGGCGAUUUACAAGAAACCAUUCAAAAAAUGUGCAAAUUUGAAAAAAGUGGCUUCCCUGGCUCGCAACCUGUCUCAAUGGAUAUGAACAAUUUGCGACUAUUGGGCGAAAAACCAUAUCGUGUAUCGUGGAAGGCAGAUGGUACGCGAUACAUGAUGCUUAUCAAACAAAAGGAUGAAAUCUACUUCUUUGAUCGUGAUAACUCCUGCUUCCAAGUGUCCGGCAUUCGAUUCCCCUGUCGCGAUGACUUGAACACUCACAUUUAUGAUACUCUCGUCGACGGUGAAAUGGUA